CAAUAUCUUCAAAGCACUCCAGAGACUAAAACCUUUUUUUGUUUUUUUGACUAAAGCUUCUGCGUUCGGUGUAGAAGAUAUAUAUACGAUGGCAACUCUUGAAGCUUCUUUCUACGCAGACAUUGACGAGUUAUCUGACAAUGAAGCAAAACUGGAUGCCAGAAAAGAGGAGGAUGAGGAUAUUGACAUGGACAUGGCAGAGUUAGAAACCCUUAACUAUGAUGAUCUCGAGAGCGUUUCUAAGCUACAGAAAACACAGAGAUACGUUGAUGUAAUGCAGAAAGUGGAACAGGCUCUCGAAAAGGAUAAGGAGGUGAUAGGAACUGAUCCUGAAUACAAGCUAAUCCUAGAUUGCAAUAAGCUCUCAGUUGAUAUUGAGAACGAGAUUGGCAUCGUCCACAACUUUAUCCGCGACAAGUACGGACUUAAAUUCCAAGAGCUUGAGUCGCUGAUACAUGACCCAGUCGAUUAUGCCCGUGUUGUGAAAAAAAUUGGCAAUGAGACAGAUUUAACCCUUGUUAAUCUUGAAGACCUUCUUCUUCUUCAACCAGCGACUAUUAUUUCUGUUUCACUUACUGCUUUAACCACGAAAGGGAACCCAUUGUCAGAUGAUGUCCUACAAAAGACGUUAGACGCUUGUGAUCGGGCUCUUAAUCUUGAUUCCGCAAGGAAGAAGGUUCUUGACUUUCUUGAAAGUAAGAUGGGAUAUAUCGCACCAAAUCUCUCUGCCAUUGUCGGGAGCGCUGUUGCAGCCAAGCUCAUGGGAACUGCUGGAGGUUUAACGGCACUUGCAAAAAUGCCUGCCUGUAAUGUUCUAGUACUUGGCCACAAGAGGAAGAACCUUGACGGAUUCUCUACUGCAACGUCACAGUCUCGUGUGGGUUAUCUGGAGCAGACAGAGAUUGUCCAAAGCACGCCUCCUGCACUUCGAAUGCGCGCUAGCAGGCUCUUGGCUUCAAAAUCGACUUUGGCGGCAAGAGUUGACGCUACUAGAGGAGAUGCAUCUGGAACAAACGGGAAAGCUUUGAGGGAGCAAAUCCGCAAGAAUAUUGACAAGUGGCAAGAACCUCCUCCUGGAAGGCAACCUACGCCACUUCCUGUGCCUUAUUUUGAGCCUAAAAAGAAAAGGGGUGGUCGCCGUCUAAGAAAAACGAAAGAAAGGUAUCAAGUUACAGACAUAAGGAAGUUAGCCAACAGGAUGGCGUUUGGUACACCUGAAGAGAGCUCUCUGGGUGAUGGAUAUGGAAUGCUUGGUCAGGCUGGGAGCAAUAGGCUGCGUGUUUCGAGCAAGCUGAAACUUAAUGCUAAGGUCACCAAAAAGCGUCAGAACACAGGUGGUGCCACUACCUCUGGUUUGAGGACAUCAAGUCUGGCUUUCACUCUUGUGCAGGGAAUAGAGUUGUGCAAUCCUCAGGCGAUAGGAUUAGGCAGUGGGAUUCAAAGCAGUUACUUCUCAGAGUCAGGAACUUUCUCCAAGUUCAAGAAAAUUUAAACUUGAAUAGAACAACUCCAAUGAAUCUCUAUUUCUUACAAAUGUUGUGUAAAUGAAUACAGUGUUAAUUGUUUC